AUGGAGCCAGUCAAUGAUAUAAAUGAUCAAUUACAAUCAAAUAGAGAGAUUACUCCGUCAAGAACUUGCGAGAGCGAAAAAAAGUGUAACUACAGGGAAGCUGUCUGGGCUAUUCUUGUCCUAAUUUUUGCCGGCGGUAUCGUUUUGGCCAUGACUUUGCCCUUCAUUCUUGAGCCAUUCAACACGACAACAACUACAACUACGACAACCACAACGACAACAACAACUCCUUUCGACGAAGAUUGGGCAAAUUGCGCGAGAUGCAAAGAACGAGUAGACAUAUGGAACCAAACGCGCGGCAAUAAUGAUGACGAUGAAGGAUGCUUUCAAGAUGGUUUCGACUUUAUUCAAAGAUGCCCGAAUCGGAAUGAUUUAUGCUCAGCAUCUCUUUGGGCCAAAAUGUAUUCUGAUGGAGAAAUUUUAUACGAGAUAAAACGAGAAUGCGUUGGCAAGGAUUUUGACAGGCAAUGUUAUAGUUCAAGCUUAGUUCAAAAUUGUACAUCUUUGUGUGACCCAAUAGCAAGCGGCAUCGGCUGCAAUGUUGGCCUUGAGGAUGUUUCAGAUCAAUUUGAGUCAGAAAAUAAUGUGACAAGUUGUUAUCAAUGCGAUCACGUUGUAUUCCGCUUGAAAGAGCAAACAAAACCAAUUUUACAAAGCGGAGUCAAAUCAAGAGAAUAUCAUCGAGGAUGCGUGCCUUUUGAGCUUGAAAAUGUAGAAACUUGCUAUGAAGAAACUUAUACUGACGGCCGUAAAAAAAUAUAA